AUGACCUGGGCUCAAUUCAAUGAGAUCUUCUACAACAAGUACUUUUCCCAAUGCUUUAGAGACCUAAAGGUUUCUGAAUUCCAAGAACUUAAGCAAGGGAAGGUGUCCGUAGUCGAGUACGAUGCUAAGUUCAUCGAGUUGGCCAGAUUCGCUCCUCAUAUGGUGGACACAGAUUAUAAGAAAGCACAAGAGUUUGAUGGAGGACUAGAUAUGGAAGUAUUUGAUCGAGUAGGCAUCUUGAAAUUGCCUACUUAUGUGGAAGUGCUUGAUAGGGCAUUGAUGAAAGAGGCCAUACCAGCAUCAAAGAAACAAGCUACAACUCCAACAACUGAAUGGAGAGAUGACAUUUAUGAUGUGUAUGGUACCCCUGAAGAACUUCAAUUAUUUACAGAUGCAAUAGAAAGAUGGGAAGAAGCAACUAUCAGUGAUUUACCUGAAUACAUGCAAGUUUGCUUCGAGGCACUCUCAAAUGUCAUGAAGGAAAUGGAGGACAAGAUAACGGCCCACGAGGGGAGAUCCUGCCACAUAUACUAUGCAAAAGAAGCAAUGAAAGGUCUAGUUAGAGCCUGCUUUGUGGAAGCAAACUGGUUUAGCACCAAGUAUAUGCCUACGAUUGAGGAGUGCUUGAGCAUUUCUGUGAUGAGCAGUGGUUAUCCUACGCUUGUUGUUCAAUCCCUUAUUGGCAUUGGAAAGAUUGCAACUAAGGAAGCCUUUGAUUGGGUGCUUAAUUUUGCAAAAUUGUGA